GGGCUUUCCGAUUGAGUUACGAACACAUAUUAUGUUAUGUUAAAACGCAAUGAAACACUAUUGCUUUGUCAUGAAAUAUUUCAAUUAUUCAUCUAAAAAACAAAAAUGUUCUAAAGACUAAAUUUGCAUAGUAUUUUAUUGUUCAGAAAGGUGCAGCUCAUUAAAAACAUGAAAGAUUAAAGCCAUUCAAUGUUUGCACGAACCUGAACGUAACCUUAUGAAGGAUGGGAAUAAAUUGAAACAAAUAUAAAGAAAAGACCACCAAUUUGAUAUUCUUUGUACAAUUGUACUUAUUAUUUUUUCUCUCCAAGACAAUUGACGGUAUUCCCCGUGAAUCCAACAAAACUUAAAGUCGUAUUAUUAGUAAUAAUCAUCGAUAAUUGAAGAAACUUUCAAAAGUUGGGAAUUUUAUUCUAUAAAUUGCAUUUGGCGACUUCCUUCCUUCAUCUCGACAAAACAGCUUUCCUUUAACUGAGCAAAACCACGGGAAUGAUGAUGAUGACGGAAACGGGGAUGAUCGCUCGAAUUAAGAACUAAGACAACAGAUUUUUUUUGUAAAGCGAAGUAAAACUCUAAUCAAAGUUAAAAGAGCUGUUACAAGUUAAAGCGAGAGUGCUUUUUCCGAUUGAAAUAUGGUCGAUGUUGACCCUGACACUUUGUUAGAAUGGCUAAGCUCAGGCCAUGGCGAAGAACGAGAUAUGCAAUUAAUUGCUUUGGAACAACUUUGUAUGUUGUUGUUGAUGUCUGAUAAUGUUGACAGAUGUUUUGAAAGUUGCCCACCGAGAGUUUUUCUGCCUGCAUUAUGUCGAGUAUUUCUUGAUGAAAGUGCUCCUGAGAAUGUACUUGAAGUAACAGCAAGAGCAAUAACAUAUUAUCUUGAUGUUUCUGCUGAAUGUACACGAAGAAUUGUGUCUGUUGAUGGUGCAGUGAAAAUGCUGUGCAAUCGAUUGGUAGCCGUGGAUUUAGAGUCUCGUACAAGCAAAGAUCUAGCAGAACAAUGUGUCAAGGUUCUUGAGUUGAUGUGCACUCGUGAAACCAGUGCAAUAUUUGAUGCUGGUGGUCUUCAUUGUAUCUUGACAUUCAUCAAAGAGUUUGGUAAUCAUGUUCAUAAAGAUACCUUACAUUCCUCAAUGUCUGUUGUUUCAAGACUAUGUAGCAGAAUGGAACCACAGGAUACUCAACUCGAGACAUGCGUUCACUCUCUUUCAAUGUUGCUUAAAUAUGAGGAUGCUUUUGUUUCAGACAGUGCCCUUAAAUGUUUUGCAUCAGUUGCAGAUCGCUUUACCCGUCAAGGAAUGGAUCCAGCUCCUUUGGCAAAACACGGCUUGAUUGAAGAUCUUUUGGGAAGACUAGCCAAGGCGGGAGCUUCGGGAAGUGAACGACCAAAUAUAACUAGUGGUACACCAGACUCAAAGAAUGUCAGUCCUCCAGUAACAACUGUUGUCAGUUUGUUAUCAACUUUAUGCCGUGGUUCUCCUGUCAUCACAAACCUUUUGCUGCAUUCCAAACUUCCAGAGGCCAUUGACAAAGCUUUGCAAGGGGAUGAACGCUGUAUUUUGGAUACACUGAGGCUUGUUAAUCUUCUCUUGGUGUUGCUAUUUGAGGGGCGAAAAGCACUCCCAAAGUCUGGCUUGUUGUCAACACCAGCUGGAAUACCUGGAUUUAAGAAACUAGAGCCAAAUGCUGACAAAUCACAUCGUCAGCUGAUUGAUUGCAUUCGUAGCAAAGAUACGGCAGCAUUUGUGGAAGCAGUAGAAGAAGGAGGAUUUGAAGUGAACUUUAUGGAUGAUGUUGGACAGACAUUACUUAACUGGGCUUCUGCUUUUGGCACUUUAGAAAUGGUGGAAUAUUUAUGUGAGAAAGGUGCAGAUGUGAACCGUGGUCAUCGCUCGUCUUCUCUUCAUUAUGCUGCAUGCUUUGGACGACCUCUUAUUGCUAAAAUGUUACUUCGCCAUGGUGCAGAUCCAGAACUCCAUGACGAGGAUGGUAAAACACCUGCAGAUAAAGCAAGAGAAAGACAUGAUGAAGGACAUAGGGAAGUGUUGGAAAUAUUGCAAUCACCAAGCGACUGGAUGACGCCAUUUAAUAACAGCGCUAAUGCCGCUGGCGGAGGUAAAGGGACAAGUGAUGGCAAAGUGAAAAACGCGGGGAAAAGUGACGAGGAUGAUGAUUGUGGAGAUACUGCUGACCCAGAGACUGCAUCAUCCUACAUUGUUCACCUCCUCCCGCUGUUUAUGAAGGCCUAUCAGACAUCGAUGGUGAUCUCCGUGAAGAAAGCAAUACUUAGUUUAAGUAGGAAGAUGGUGUUCUACAGUACUGGUGAAAAUCUUCAACAACUUGCUAAAAUCCCAGGUUUUGCAUCAGGUCUUGUUGAAAUGACUGCAGCAGUGUUUGAGAAUGAGGACGAUGAUGAUGGUCACCUAGCAGCUUUGAAAAUCAUUCAAGAUUUACUGGAGAAAGCCAACGAUCCUUUUAUUGAACAUUUUGCUCGUCUCGGCGUCAUUAGUAAAGUUUCGGAGAUUGUCGGUCCUCUUCUUGAAGAAGAGGGCGAAGAUGAGCGGGAGUCUGGUGUUGAAACAGGCGUUACACCAGCCGCAUCUCAGGAAGAUAAGACUGUUCAAGAAGAUGCAACUGAGAUCAUUCAAGGAGAACCGUAUCAUUGGAGAGACUGGUGUAUUAUUCGUAGUCGUGAUUGUCUUUAUCUUUGGAACGACUCGUGUGCUCUUGAAUUAUCAAAUGGAAGCAAUGGAUGGUUUCGGUUUAUUCUUAACAAUAAACUAGCGACGAUGUAUUCCAGUGGUAGUCCUGAGGGAGGAUCUGAUUCGUCCGAAAGUCGAGGAGAAUUCCUGGAGAAGCUUCAACGCGCAAGAAAUCAAGUUAAGUCAGACGUAACAAGUCAACCGAUUUUAUCAAAUCCUAAUCCAGUGAAUUUACUUGUUGGAAACUGGUCCUUUGCUUGUCAAAAGAAGAACGAACUUCAUAUUUACAAUUCCGAUGGUCAGCAAACGACAAUUCUUUGCGAGGAUCUUCCUGGUUUUGUUUUCGAGUCAAAUCGAGGUACUCGUCACAUGUUCACGGCAGAGACAUCCCUUGGCGAAGAAUUUGCCUCUGGUUGGGCUGGGAAACGCGGAAAGAAGUUUGUAUCGAAAGCCGAAGUUCUCAAAAUGAAAGUCAAGGCAACAGCGAAGGAGAUUCAAGAAAAGUAUUUCGAAGCUGCUUUAUCAAGUCCCCGUGAAGUUGUCAUUAAACUUCAAGAUAUUGUUCGAAACAUUUACUCUUGUUGUGCCGUACAUGAAAAGAAUUUAGAUAUGAAUGGCGAUGGUGGUUGGGAGAAAGAUAUGAUCAAAGUAUUACAGUCAUUCUUGGAGUUAUUGAAAGAAGAUAAUACAGUUUCUUCGUACGAACUACAGACCAGUGGUAUUGUACGCGCUUUGCUACACUGCUUGAGUCAGCGGACAAGGAAUACGGACGAUGAAAAAACGAAACAGAUAAUGGCGGAGAAAGCUCAUCAAAGAAUUGAACUUUUUAAGAAAGCUUUUGGCGAGUCCGUGAAAUCAUUUGCGGAACAUCUUGACAGUUUUGAAGCCGCUUCUCCGGCUGUGUCCCUGAUUCGUAAACUCAUUGCAGUGUUGGAGAUGUCUGAACGCCUGCCUGUGUAUUCAUUUGAAAAUAUGGCGAACGGAUUGCAGAUACUCACUCGUCGCCUUCGUAUUCGUCUCGAACGCUCAUCGGGAGAAAAUAGUCUCAUUGACAGAACUGGCAGGAAUCUAAAGAUUGAACCCCUUACGACAAUUGAAGCUUUGAAAAACUAUCUUGGUACAAUGGUGGCCAAGCAAUGGUUCGACUUCGAUCGAAAUACGUUUACGUUCAUAAAGAAAAUUAAUAAUUCGACUAAUGUGUUCACGCAUUCUUCAGACUUUGAUGAUAAUGGUAUUUUAUAUUGGAUAGGAACAAACGCAAGAACCACAUCGGAUUGGGUGAAUCCAGCUUCGGUUGGGUUAGUUGUUGUUACGUCAUCGGAAGGCAGAGCGCUGCCUUAUGGGAAGCUUGAAGAUAUAGUGAGCAGAGAUAGUGCAGCUCUGAAUUGUCAUACAAAUGAUGAUAAAAAUGCUUGGUUUGUUAUCGAUCUUGGUGUGUUUGUCAUUCCGAGCUCUUAUACAUUACGUCAUGCUAGAGGAUACGGAAGAUCAGCGUUACGUAAUUGGUUUUUGGAGGUUUCUAAAGAUAAUAAAACAUGGAUAAUAGUAAAAACUCAUACAAAUGAUGCUUCACUUAGUGAACCAGGAUCAACAGCAACAUGGAAACUUGAUGUGGUACCCGAGGAUAGUGAAGGAUGGCGUUACAUACGUAUACAUCAAAAUGGCAAGAACGCCAGCAAUCAAACGCAUUAUCUUUCACUGUCUGGUUUCGAACUCUACGGUACAAUAGUCAGUGCCGUUGAAGAAUCUCUCGGGCGACCUGUGCGCGAGCAUGAGUCCGUAGUCAAACGGCAACGAAGAAUGAAAACGUUAUUAAAACAUUUUACUGGUAAGACAGGUCGUGGUUUUGGUGGAGUUUUAAAGGAAGGUGAUCUUCUUGAACCAAGUGUUGAAGCUGCCUUAGCAAAGGAAUUGUCUGGUGACUGGGUCGAGGUGGCAUGGGCCGAGGGUCUACCAGCUGCAUUACGUAGUGCUGCAAUGAGCAUGCGCGCUGGUAUGAAGGAGUUAGUAGGAGAGGCGAGUAGUUCAUAUUCCCACGCGGUUAAACAUCGAUUAAAAGGAUCUGGCAGGGGAAGGGAAGGAACCUCGUCGUCUGGUGUAUCCAUCAAAGUUGAGUCGUGCGGGGUAUCAGCUGGAACUCUCUCGAGUAACGUCAAGAAUCUGGAGAAGGUCUCUGCUGCAGCUGUUGAACAAAGAAAGAACGAAGAAGUAGAAUGCAAAACAGCUGAUGAUGAGAAUGGUACUACAGGGGAAACUUCGGUUGUUAGCAGUAAACAGUUGGAAACAACUUCUGAAGAAUCUGAAGAUAAGAAUGAACGGAAAGACGUGAAAUCCGCUUCUCCUAAUGGUUUAAAUACAGAUCAGAGUAUUGCAACACCUUCAGGUACCUUUGAGGACAACCUGGGUGCAACAAUGGAUACAAGUGUGUCCUCCUCUAGCCAGACUACAAAUACUGCUGAGGAUGAUCGAAAGCAGACAGCGGCGGUUGAUGAGCCUGUGGGAUUGUUGGAGAUUGUAAAAGAUGGCCAAAACUCGGUAAAUCAGUCUGAAAAUGCGACUGAAGAGGAAACUCCAGCGACAAAAGGGGAAGAGGUUCAGAUAGAAGUUAAGGGAAUCACGUUAGAUGAAGAUGUUAGCUCUGUAACGUCACAAGAAAGUAGAACUUCUGGAAUGAUCUAUAGAGUUACGCCAAGUGCUAGUGGUAAAGUCAUGAGUGUUGGUAGUACAGCAAGCACAGCAAGUAGUAAUCCAACAUCAGAUAGCGAAGUAGAAAAUAUUCCUAUGGACUGCACACUUCUUGCUGACUUGGAAGAUGAGCCUGAUGAUAUUCCUGAUCAAGAUGAAGAAGAGGAAGAAGAUGACGACGAUGAUGAAGAUAAUGAGGAAAAUGAAGAUGAAUUUGGAGAGAUGGAGGAGAAUGAACUGCACAAUUUGAGCAUGCGCAGUCGACGUUCAUGGGACGAUGAUUUCUGUUUGAAACGACAGUUUACCGCCUUGAUUCCAGCGUUUGACCCUCGUCCAGGUCGUAGCAAUGUGCAACAGAUACAGGAUGUUGAAGUUCCGCUUGAAUCUGAACGAGACUCAUCAUCAACUUCACGUGACAGCGAGAUCUAUUCCACUCCCGAGAUUGAAUUGGUCUUGAAAUCUCCGAGCACUCCAGGCGCUCAAGAGGUUAGCAUCCCUCUGGAGGAUCCAAAAGCGACCAUAUUCUCUUACAUUCAUAAACUUGCGUUAUUGUCAGGAAAGAUGAAGGCCGAACGUCUUCGUCGUAUCUGGGAGCCAACAUACACUCUCAUCUACAAGAGUCUCGGUAACUCACGCAAAUCUUCUGGUGAACAAGGAAAAACGAAUGAAAUUCCAUUGAGUCUUGAAGAGGUGGAAAGUCAAUUAGAAACUGACGUCUUGGAGGGGACAUCACCUACACCUGGUGGGGAGGAGGUAAAAUCACCUACACCUGGUGGGGAGGAGGUAACAUCACCUACACCUGGUGGGGCGGAGGUAACAUCACCUACACCUGGUGGGGCGGAGGUAACAUCACCUACACCUGGUGGCGAAGAGGGAACAUCACCUACGCCUGGUGGGGAGGAGGGAACAUCAUCUACACCUGGUGGCCAAGAGGGAACAUCACCUACACCUGGUGGUGAGGAGGGAACAUCAAAAAUUGAUCGGUCGUCAUUGUUGAAAAGAACCAACUCCAUUCAAAGAGCCGUCUUCAUCAAUGACAAUAACUUAGAUUCCAUUGAAGAUAUAUUGAAACUGAUUCGUCUUCUCUACUCUAUAUCAACUACCUCAAUGGAGGAAUUUGGAGAAGAUGUUGAUGAAAAUUACGGCUUCAUUAUUUCAUCUGGCGAGUUCAACAGCAAGAAAAUAACUCUAAAACUCGCGCAACAAAUCAAGGAUCCAUUGAUAUCAAGUAGUGGUUCCCUACCUCGUUGGUGUGAGAGGGUAAUGAGUUCUUAUCCCAUGUUGUUUCCAUUUGAUACCCGACAAAUGUAUUUCAAUAGCACUGCGUUUGGGUGUGCAAGGACGAUCAUUUGGUUGCAAACCUAUCGCGAUGCAGCUGUAGAACGGUCGAGAACACCGAGCUCCCGUCGAGAUGAUCAACACGAGUUUUCUAUUGGUCGUUUAAAACACGAGAGAAUCCGAAUUUCACGAGAUGAAAAACUUCUGCAAUCUGCAAUCAGGGUGCUCAGCUUUCAUUGUGAGAGGAAGUCCAUACUUGAAUUUGAGUUUGAAGGGGAAGAAGGCACUGGUCUUGGUCCAACACUCGAGUUUUAUUCUCUUGUGGCAGCCGCUUUGCAAGAAAAGAGCCUGGGAAUAUUUCUAUGUGAUGACGAUAUCCACAGUCAUAAUCAACAACAGGUCGACAUUGGUCAUGGCCUACGAGCUCCGGGGUAUUACAUUCAAAGACCUGGGGGGCUGUUUCCUGCACCUUUACCUCAGGAAAGUGAUGAUAUAGAGCGUGUUUGUAAAUUGUUUACAUUCCUGGGAAUAUUUAUGGCAAAGUCUCUCCAGGAUAAUCGUCUAGUUGAUAUACCCCUAUCAAGAUCUUUCUUGAAACUACUGUGCAAUGGAGGAGGCGAUAACAGUAUGGUUCCCACUCUCCCUACAACACACGGCCACCCGAGUAAGAUCUCACUUGCAGCGGAAGGACUUGAUGAUACAUGUAGUUAUGAAGAUGAACGGCAAUCACUGAGAGAUCUUACUACUAAUGAACUGGAUGGAUACAAGAAGGUAGAAGACGACGAAAACGAUAUAAAUAAACUGAAUAAACUGUCUAAAGUUUGUCUGAUUGAGGAAGAUCAACAAAAGGAGCAAUCUAAAGAGACUGAGAACGAAACGGAUUGCGAGCCUGCCCGGAAAGUUAUCUGGUUCAGCGGUUUACUUGAUGAAAACGAUCUUUUGUUAACCAAUCCUCAUCAUGGGUCCUUUAUUCGUCAACUAAGAGAACUGGCUAGAAAGAAAUGUGACAUACUAAACGAUAGUUCACUGACUAAAGAAGAGAAAAAAGAAUCUUUACAUUCUCUUAAAUUCACAACAACCACUGGAGUCACGUGUUACAUUGAAGAUCUGGGAUUGACGUUUCAGUAUCUACCAACGUCACGUGUUUACAAACACAGCGCAAUGGAGUUGAAGCCUGGGGGUGAGGAUGAGUCCCUAUCUUUAGCCAAUGUUGAAGAAUACGUGCAAUUGAUGACGGACUUUUGUUUGUAUUCUGGAAUUAAGAAGCAAAUGGACGCCUUUAAAGACGGUUUUAACAAAGUUUUCCCAAUGGAAAAGCUACAACCAUUUUCACCUUCCGAACUACAGUUGAUGAUUAGUGGUGAACAAAUGCCUCAAUGGACGAGGGAAGAUCUUCUCAACUUUACCGAACCAAAAUAUGGUUUCACACGAGAAAGUCCUGUUUAUCAAAGAUUUGUCAACGUACUUACCAAUAUGACUGGUGAAGAAAGAAAGGCAUUCCUUCAGUUUACGACUGGUUGUUCAUCGCUCCCCCCUGGUGGUCUAGCUAAUCUUCAUCCUCAUCUAACAGUUGUGCGGAAAGACAAAGAAGGCGAUGGAUCUUAUCCCUCUGUGAACACAUGUGUACAUUAUCUCAAAUUACCGGAGUACUCUUCUGAAGAAAUCCUGCGCGAUAAACUAUUGGCUGCUACCAAAGAGAAAGGAUUUCACUUAAACUAAUGGUUUUUGUGUGUGUAUACAUGGUGUUAGGUUGCGGCAAAUAAAUUUUUUUCGUUGGAA